AUGAAGAAGCAAAGGGAUGCGAUUUCGCCUCCGCUUACGCAGGCCAAGCAGGACCUCAAGGCUGCAAAGGACAGCAUGCCUCAGGACGUCAAGGACAAGAUCAAGGCGGCUCAGACAAAGGUCAAGGACACAUUCAAUGGUCUGCCCCAGGACCAGAAGGACAAGCUGAAGGACAUGAAUAAGCAAAUCCGAGACGCGAAGAAGUCAGCAGGCCCUGCCCCACCCCUGGCCCAGGCCCCGGCCCCGGCCCCACCCAAAUAA